AUGAAGUCCAUCCUCAACUACGCUGCCCAAGGCAUCAUGGCCUUCGCAGUUGCAAUGCCAGCUUCUGCACAGAACCUUUCCUAUGGCGCCGACAACUUCUACCGGAGCGAAUCCGUCGCGAUCCAGCCCAUCCACUUCAACACUGUUUACAACACUACCAUCGUCGGUAAUCUUUUCACCGCCAGGAACACAAGCCGCAGCACAAACUCCCCCGCCAUUGUAGUCGGCCAUCCCAUGGGCGCAGUCAAAGAACAAUCCGCCAACCUUUAUGCCACCAAGCUAGCAGAGCAGGGCUUCAUCACCCUUACCCUCGAUCUUCCCUUCUGGGGCAGAAGCGACGGCCCUCAGAAUCUCGUGUCGCCCGACUUUUACACCGAGGCCUACAGUGCUGCGGUCGAUCAUCUGGGUACUUACAACUUUGUUGAUCGCGAUCGUAUCGGCGCCCUUGGAAUUUGUGGCAGCGGGAGUUUUAUUAUCAACGCGGCCAAGAUUGACGCUCGCAUUCAGGCUGUCGCUACAGUUUCCAUGUAUGACAUGGGCACCGUGAAUCGCCAGGGCCUGAGAGGAGCUCUGUCGGUAGAGCAGCGUAGAGCAAUCAUCGCCAAUGCGUCACAGCGGCGAUGGGCUGAAGCCGACGGAGCUCCAACUGCAUACACCGGCGGGACUCCGAGCGAACUCACAAGCCAGACUGAUGCUGUCUCUCGCGAGUUCUUCGACUUCUACCGCACCGUCCGUGGCGAGUUUACGCCCGAAGGCUGGCAGCGCAAUCAGACUACUCGCCCUACGCUCGUCUCCAAUGUCAAUUUCCUCAACUUUUACCCUUUCGACGACAUCGAGACCAUCUCUCCUCGCCCUCUUCUGAUCAUUUCUGGCGACCAGUCGCACUCUAGGGAGUUUAGCGAGAAUGCUUAUCGUGCGGCUGGUGAACCCAAGGAGCUUCAUUGGGUGCGCGGGGCUGGCCAUGUUGAUCUUUAUGAUCGUACUGAGCUUAUUCCUUUCUCUAAGCUGAGCGAGUUCUUCCAAGAAAACCUCGUUUAA